CAUUCCUCCCCAGGCUACCCAGGUGCUCCCCCAGGCAUGGACCCCAAUAUUGUCUCUUGGUUCCAUGCUGUAGACCAGGAUAACUCUGGCCAAAUUAAUGCUCUUGAAUUAAGUCAGGCUCUGCAGAAUGGCAGCUGGUCAAAGUUUUCAGAAGAGUCUUGCAGAAUGAUGAUAAAUCUGUUUGACCAUGACCAUACUGGCACUAUCAAUCUGCAGGAGUUUGGGCAGCUGUUCAACUUCAUCAAUCAGUGGAUUGAGGUUUACCGUCGCUAUGACAAGGACAACUCAGGAACAAUCAGUGAACAUGAGUUAAUGUCAGCCUUGCAGCAGAUGGGCUUCAACCUCACCCCUCAGUUCGUGGGGUUCUUGGUGUCAAAGUUUGCUCCUAGAACUCGACAGGUGACCCUGGACAACUUCAUUGUUUCAAAUGUCCAAAUUCAGAGGCUGACUAAUGCCUUUAGGAAGCAUGACACACAAAUGAAGGGUGUCAUUACUAUUAACUAUGAGGACUUCAUGUCCUUGGCCUUUUCUAAUGUUGUUUAAAGAGUUAUUAGCUACAUUUUAGGGAACUGUCAUUUGCAAAGUCUUUGUUUCCUAUGUUAAGUUGGUAAAUUAACCCGGAUUGCAUUCUUGAGCAGCCAGUUGUAGAUUUAAGCAUCUGUUAUUUUUAUCAGAGUUUUGAUAGUGACAUGACUAGGAUUUUUUUUUCAAGUUGGGCAGAAUUAGCUAGCACUUAUUAGGAACCUUUAUCUUUUUAAAAUUCCUCAGUAUUCAGCAAAAGUACUUAAUCAUUUUCCCAUAUGAUUUUACCUUAAUAAAUUGGUUACCAAAACAAGCUCAAAAUUAUAUUUACUUUUUAUAUAUUGAUUGCAGGAUAUUAAUUUCCCUUCCACGACUUGUAAAUUGGUUUUCUUUUGUUAAUUUCUGUUAGAUUUACCCUAUUUGCUUUUGAGUAGAAUAUACUAGUUCUGCGUAAUCUUGUGGUGCUAAGAAGAAAGUACAGACCUGUGUGGUGUCCACCCUUUUGAUCCUUCCCAAGUUGGGCCUCCAAAAGGUUGAGAAGAAUUAUACAGGUAACUUUUUUUCUUUCCUUUUGUUUACUUUGUUUACUUUUUUUCUUGCUAGGGAAGCAGUAUUAAUUUUUCUUAUUAACUCCAGCAGGAAAACUAUCUUGCUCUGUAUAAUUUGUACAAUGAAGUUUUAGCUUCAUGGAACACCAUCUUCAUGGCCACACUUGGUUUAGGUUUAAGCAUCUGUGGUGAGGCUCGUAGGUCUAGAAUAACUUACUGAAUUUAGAGGCUUGCCAGAAGUCACAAGCUCUGAAGUUCUUUGGAAAAAAGCAUGAUUUUAUAUCUAGUCUUUCUAAGUUUUGAUGUGCAACAUGCCUUACUGUAAUAUUUGUACUGGUAUUUUGCAAAAGUUGACUGGAGGUUAUAUGUUGAUGGUUUCUGUGUUGGGGAUUGGUUUAUUGUUUACAGUUAGAAGCAAUCAAAUGCAGAUAAGCUGAUUGGAGUUGCAUAGUAUAUGGUUCUUGACAGCAGUGUGCCUUUUUUUCAAUUAUAUUUUAGGAAAGGUACUAAUGAUUGCCAUAGGUAUGAAAUGUGAAAAAGAUAAAUUAUUUGAUAACCCUAACUUAUUUGGGAAGACAAAGAGAAACACAUUCUUUAUGGUUGUCCUUAUUCUGUUCUGCAUCUAACAUUUAUAAAUAUACAGCUUAAUGAAUGAAAUUAAGGUAUGGCAAUGACUGAAGUUGUUUUCUUGUGUAGUGAAUUUCUCCCAGGAAAUAGCUUUAAUACACUGUUUAUUACUACAUUAAACAAAUGUAUGAAUAAAGCAUUAUAUAUUUAAAAA